AUGGGAUUACUUGCCAUGUUUUUUAAAAAGAUAACCACCGUUUUUAGGUCGAUUGCUUAUACGGUUGGUGCAGUGCAUUUUGUAACAUGUUACUUCGUUGAUGUGACGCUGACCAAGGGGCCCAGCAUGAGCCCUGAAAUCAGCGAGAACGGCGCAAUUCUACUCUACGCUCCUACACCCUUGAUGAAGGUAAUUCGCGGGAAGUCCUACCCCUAUCGCAAGAAUGACGUCGUUAUAAGUGUAUCGCCGGUGGAUGCGAACAAGCGAAUAUGCAAACGAAUUGUGGCGACCUGUGGUGACGUGAUAAACGGUGGCAAAGUGCCACCUGGUCAUUUAUGGCUCCAAGGGGACAAUGCUGAUAAUUCGCUCGACAGCAGACACUAUGGAGCAGUUUCCUCUGGCUUGAUUCUGGGAAGAGUAUUCUUUAUCUUUCCACCAAAGGGCAAUUUAAAGGUUUUGUAA